AUGUCAGAUGCAUCCCAACUCUUCAGUUUCCAACGACUACGGCAACGUGUCCUAGCUGCUGGGGAGAUGCCGUCUCCUGGUGUACAGCGGACCAGGGCAAUGUUCUCUAACGCCGUUCAGGUGAUGAUGGGAGUUUCGGCAAUCGUUAGUCUUUUAACUGUUGGCGGCUUUCCACUCGUCAAAGCGAGAAUGUUGAAUUACACCAUCCCGGAUGUUGGAUGUGUCGAAGGAAAGUGCGAUAACAGUUCGCUCUGUGUCAUCAACGGAACCGUUCUCGGAACUGAUUUCAAGAAUGUCGAGAACUACUACACCAUGUCAAUCAGCUCAUUAGCUCUUUUUGUGAACUUUCUCCUAGCCACCAGAAUCGUGGGAGCACGUUUCAUCAAUAUGUUCUUCACAACCUUCGCCUUCUUCUGUUUGAUCGUUUUCCCAGUCCGAUUCAUCUUCCUGGCCAUGCAAACUCUCGAAUUCACCGCUGUCGGAGGAGACUACUACACCUUGCUCCUUCUCACACCGGAUCAAUUCAACUGCCCAUUUUUCUCGAGCGCUGUCGUUCUCAUGCAUCUCCGCUUUAUUCUCCUCGUCCUUGACUUCAUUACCUUCCACGCCUUGAUCGUGUCCGUCCCACUGUUCUAUGUCGACGACAAGCUCAACUUUGACAAGUAUCACGCCGUUCACGACGAGAAACCAGACAUCUUCCAAGGCGCAGCGCCAGCGGUCAUGUUCCAGGACGUAUAA